CCGUUUCCCAGGGGUUUCCCAGGGGUUUCCCACGAGGACGUGGAGACAUGGGUCAGAAAGCAGCCUUUGCACUCCGCAAUCUCAAGUCGUCAGAGCCUUCGCUGGUGAUUAGCCUCGAACGAUAUCCAUAUCCAUCAGUACACCGACAAUGACUACGGCGACCUCAGGCCCCACAGGGUUCAUGUCGGCCCGAGCCCCAUUCGCAGCUGCCGCAGAGCGGCCCGAGUUGGGAGUGCCAACAACGCAGAACCUGCCUGUGUUUGCAAAACCAGCAUCGCCUUCCAUUCGUAUCCAAGAACCAGGGGAUUCGAGUAUCGGAGGUUUGCGGGCAUCUUCCGUCAUGUCUCGCCAUCCAAGCAGUGCGCGAAGGCCCCGAAAAUCGGAGGAGCUCUCUCGAGCGGAGCUUAUCAUUCGGAAACGAAAGUAUCGCAACGGUAUCGCCAACGAAUCGCAAAACUCGUACACGGAGAUUCUGCGAGUGAAAGCGUCCGUCAUUCCGAGAGUCCUGCUGCCGUCUUUGCUCCAUACGUUGUGGGCAACGCAUUGGACCAUUCUGUACAUGGUGGUGGGAUACAAGCAACUGGCUCUACCGCCACAGCUCAUCACCAUCCUCGGCGUGGUCAUUUCCCUUCUCCUGGUUUUUAGGACAAACACCGCUUAUGACAGAUACUGGGAAGGCCGAAAAGUCUGGGGAACGCUGAUUACCCAGAUCCGUAUCUUGGCUCGUUUCAUCUGGAUCGGCGUCAAAACAGACGACCUGAAAGCCGUCCUGGAGAAGAAGGGCUGCAUGAACCUCCUGCUCGCAUAUGCCGUAUCCACAAAGCAUUACUUGCGAAGCGAGCUUGGCCCGAAAUACGCAGACCUUCACCACCUGAUUUGCCAUCUUCCGGAGUUUCAACCUGGGCAGGAAGAUAAUAUCAAAAACCUGCCCUUGGAGAUCAGCUUCCACAUUAGUAGUUAUAUAGCGAGCUGCCGGAAAAAAGAGAUGAUUGAUGUACCGCAACAGACCGCGAUGAUCAACGCCAUCUCCAGCAUGGUCGACUGCCUUACCUCCUUCGAAAGGAUCCGCAACACACCAAUUCCCAUCGUGUACUCGGUUCAUCUGCAACAAACCCUGACGUUGUACAUCCUCAGCUUACCCUUCCAAUUAUUGGGUUCUCUCUCGUGGGGAACCAUUCCUGUGUGCCUGAUUGCCGCUUUCACGAUGCUGGGCAUUGAAGCGAUCGGCGGGGAGAUUGAAAAUCCGUUCGGGUACGACGAAAACGACUUGAAUAUUGAAGAGUUCUGUACCGACACACGCGAAGAGUUGAUGAAGAUCAUGCUGCGCCCCUGCACGCUUGACCCGGGGACGUGGGGGGCGCCAUUUGUAGAGGGGGACUACCAAGAUUUGAAAACGUUGAUUAGGAGUGCGGGGGGAUCCUACGAUAUGAUUCCUCCCGAUACGGCGCAUGUCCGCGUUGCUGUGUGUGAUGUCGAUGCGGCGUGGAACGAGAAGAAAAACUGAUGGCGUAAUCUGAAGUGCUGGGCGUAUCUGGUGAAAGCGGUGUACAUAGAUGGAGCGGCCACAUUGUAAAUAAUUACACACAUGUGAGGGAAG